UCCCCCAUGGAAAUGAGGAAGUUUUCGGGCCUGCCUCCCCUGGUUCACUCUGCUUAAAAAUUUCACCCUGUUAGCAUCUAUGUAAAUUCGGGAAAAUCCAUAAAAGAGAACCCAGGACACCUGCCUCCGCUGCAAUCCGGUCGAGAAGCGUAUUCCGUGUUCCCUGCUCCGUUGAGGACCUGCAGCAUGUCUCGCAUGUUUAAUCCCGGCUACAUCGGCCCCGAUCCGCCCUGUUGCGACCCGGAAUGCAGUGCGGAGUCGCAGCUUCCCUGUUGCAAUCCCGCCCGGGAGUCAAAAAAGAAACCGGAGCAGCAGAAUCAGGAGCCGCAGAAGCAGGAACAGCAAAAUCAGGAGCAAAAACAGGAGCAGAAAUAGCAAAGGGAGCAAAAUAGUUUCGGAUAAGUGGGGAGUCAGGAACA